UGGCACCUGACCGCGAGUUACCGACACCAUAGGUGCCAACUGCCCUACCAGGAUACGUUUAUAAAUGGGAAGGGGGGUAGGGGUGUCUCUCACGCAUUCCCGGCAGCUUGUACUCCCCACAUGAGUGGUGCCCCCUCCACUCACUCCUGGGGGUCUCACUCUGACCGGUGACGCCCCGCACCUCCUGUGCUGUCAGCCUGUUACUUCCUCUGAAGUUGUGUUCUUUUCAUGCUAAUCAACAGGAAGCGCGCGCUCACCACAACAGCACAGAGCAGGGCGCACACUCGAGUAGGAGCUGCCGAGGGAGACGGUCACAGCGCCAGCGUGGAGGUGACACCCGAAGACUCAAGGAGCCCAGUGGGAUGGCCUACUGCUAGUCUGGUCCCUUGCAAACAAGAAGUACGUGAAGCUCCUUCCCUUGUUGUAAUCAGAGUGUGAGAUCUCAUUGAUCUGGAGGUCAGAUUAGCUUCACCCCCCCGCCCCCCGACCCCACCACAAGGAUGAAGCUCCUCUGCUACCUGCUCCUGGUCACUCGAGUGGUUUUUGCUUGGAACACUAACGACUCAGAGUCAACCACUCACAACGGCAUCAGUGAUCACAGUACCAUAGGAAAUUUAAGUGAGAGCCAAACUACAGGAAUCUUUAAAGGGGAAUUUCAAACAGAGGGAAAACCAGAAAGAAAAACAGAGGCAGAGAUGGCUCUGAAGGUUUCAACGCUCAAUACUACCCCAGUGCCAAUCACAGAAAAACAUAUGGUGGAAACAACAAGCAAGGUCUACACUACGGCUGAGCCCUCUACCAUGGAACGUGCAACGGAUAAAGUAGAAGAGACCAAUAUCAUCACAAAAUCUUACUCCACACAUUCUGUACCCUCGAGUAACUUACUGUUGGGUCUAUCAGCCACUAGAAGUACCACCAAGAGUGAAUCCAGUACAAAUACCCCAGUAGGAACAUCCAGACCUUCUUCCGUGGACUCUACAACCUUGACUAAGUCAACGCUGGUACUACCAACCACUAGUGUGCCCACCAACAGUACAUCAAGUAAACAGGUCACCAGCAAGCAUCUGCAAACAACUCCACUGCAAUUGUCACUGUCCACUUCUACCACUGUCAGCACUCCCCUACUUAGUUCAUCUGGUGCAUCCAUCUUUGAAGGAGAAGGUAAAGAGGAACGUAGCAUUCCAACCAUGAUAUCGACCAGCUCUUCUUUCAUGGCAUUAACCACUGGCAAAAAUGACACAGAAAAAUCCAGCAGCAACUGGACAUGGAUUGUUAUCUUUCUUGUCAUAGCCUUGCUUAUUUCAUUCUGUAUUGUAUUAACUUUCUGCAUCAGCUGCAAGAAGAGGCAAAGGUCCAAGACCCUCAACUCAAGCCUGACCAAGAAGAAAAAGAAGGGUAAGGAGGAAGAUGCCUGGGCGGGUCCCAUGCCACUCAAGGAGGAUAACGUCACUGUUGAAGAUGAGGGUGGAGUCAGCGACAAGGUCCCCGAUGCAGUGAACAAGCGGACCUCCCUCUCCACCUUCUUUGGGAAGCGCAAGUCCCGGCAGGCGUCAGUCAUUCUGGAAUCGGUCAGCAUCCAAGAAAUGAAGGACUUGAGCAAAAAGGAAGAAGACAACCUGAGCCAGCCUCUCUUGGGCCCACAUUCGAAUGGCUGUCCUUCAACGGUGGAAAAACCAAAUGGUACCACCGCUUCCUCCUCUGCCCCAGAAGAAAAUGGGUGUGUCACCCAAGCCAAGGAAGGACCGCUAAGUAAUAACGUUCAGCCGACACCAACCUCUGAUGUCCCACCAAAACCUGAAGCAGAGACCGACUUGCCUCCUCCUCCUCCAUUGGCAGAGGAUGUCAUCUUAAAGACUUCUUUGUAAGGCUCAGAGUGGAAGAUGAUGCCACGAUGGUUGCUCAUCUAAGAGUCUGUGGCCACGUGGUGGUGGUACUGCUAAAAAGUGUAUGGUUUUUCACCUUGUACUCCAGGAAUUGUGAGAUACCACUUGACUCAGGUCAGUCCAUGAUGGUUCCAAAACAUGAAAGCUAAAGUAUCCACUUACUGAAACCCCACCUCACCCCACCGUAAAAGAUGGCAUCUGAGGACAGCAUAUGGAGGGACUAUGUGCAUUUGGAUGACCAUCUGGAUAGAAUGAAUGUUGAGUAACUUGUAGAAUUAGUUAUGUGGCUGAUGGACAGUCAAUUGAUUGCUUCUUUCUUUCUUUCUUUUUCUUUUGUUCGUUCGUUUCGUAGCUAAGACAUUACAUUUUCGGAUUUGCAAAGUGCGGCACAGUAACUUCAGUACAUUAUCACACAAAUAUUUUUACCCAUAACACAUAUUUCAUAAUUAAAGCAGGAAAUUGCUCUAGCUGGUGACAUAUUAGAUAUGUGAAACCUUCAGGCCGCAGGUUUUCACGCCAUGGUUACAUGCAAAAGAAGAAGGUGUCCAAUGUAAAGGAUUCAAUGGUGCAGUAGGGUGAAUUGCGCCCCUCCAACAUCAAACCCUUUUCCACUUGAUCUACACAUGCAGCACACACACACACACACACACACACACACACACAGCUUCCCUUUGGGCCUCCAGCCGCCCCAGCAUACUUUUUAAAGACAGGUAUGGUAUGGAGUGCAGAUAAACAGGAAGCUCUGACACAACACAUGCAAGGUUCUGUUUCACCACAUGCAAAAGUGGGGCAGCAAAUCAGCCUCACCCAGGAUGCCGUGCACAUGCUGCAU